AUUAGAUAUCUUGGAUCCUUCAUGUUAUCAUCCAACCUGUCAGUACAGUUCACUCGCUCACCAUGCGGUCUUCCCGGCUACAUCUGGCCUUUGCUGCCGUGGUGGCAGCUCGGAGUUCCCUCUCUAACUGCACCAACCCGGCGGUACGCAUCGAAUGGAGCAGUCUGGAUUCAUCGGAGCAGAUAGCGUAUCUGGACGCCGAGCGGUGUCUCUGGGACCUUCCCGCGGAAACGCAUCUGUCCAAUGUCACUGACCGGUACACUGAUCCGGUUGCUGUACACCAAAGCCUCACAGAUUAUGUUCACGGGGAUGGGGUCUUCCUCCCCUGGCAUCGAUACUUCGUCCACGCCCACAAAACCCUCCUUCGGAAGCACUGCAAUUACACUGGCCCAAUCCCUACGUAA